AUGGACAAGCAAUUCAAGAAUUUUUUGAAUACCCUCGGACAACUUCACAUCAAAAUUCCUUUUAUUGACGCUAUUCUACAAAUUCCAAAUUAUGCUAAGUUUUUGAAAGAGAUGUUGACUAAGAAGAGAAAGUUGCCAGAACAUGAAACAAUAGCACUAUCUGAAGGGUGCAGUGCGAUCAUCCAGCAUAGGAUCCCUCCCAAACUUAAAGAUCCAAGGAGUUUCACUCUACCUUAUUCCAUCGGAAAUUUACAUGAUAUAAAUUGUUUAAUUGAUUCAGGAGCGAGUAUUAAUUUAAUACCCUUACCUCUUUACAGGAAACUGGGAUUAGGAGAUCUCAAGGCGGCAUCUAUUAUCCUUCAGCUAGCGGACCAAUCACUAAAACACCCUUACGAAAUAGUCAAAGACAUUCUUAUCAAGGCGGGGGAGUUUAUUUUUCCAGCUGACCUCAUCAUCCUCGACAUUGAAGAGGCAUCUCAGAUGCCAAUAAUUCUGGGAAGGCCCUUCUUGUCUACAAGUCAAGCCUUGCUAGAUUUUGAUGCUAAUGAGAUUGUCUUGAUGGUGGAGGAUAAGCAACAGAGCCUCACCAUGGAGAAUCCAAUCAAGCAACCAUCAUACUUUGAGGAUUGCCAACGAGUUGAUCAUUGGGAGAGUUACAAAGGUAGGCUAAAUGAAGGUGGAAUUGUUGGUAGGGACAGCGAUGAAAAUUUAAUUGUGCAGAGGGUGAAAGAUGAAAGAAGGAAGUGCAAUCAGUGUUACCCAAUAAUGCUUCUGCCGCCACAUGUCUUCAUUAUUUGGUCCAAGUUGAGGCCCAUUAUUGUGGUGUUUGGUUCCAAGUCCUCGACUCUUUGA